CAUUUGUCCCUGUAAUUUCGUUCUUCUCCUGCGCGUUCCUUAUUCAGUCUCGAUAUCAACAAACGACGAAGAAUAGUUCAUUGAGUCCAAAGGUCCUGGAAGGAAACCUCAUAUUUUCAAGAGAACGCGCCGCCAUGUCUCGGUUUACUCGAUCCCUCCGGGUACCCCGGCCUAAGAGCCUAUUCGGCAUCACCAGCCUCCAGACCGGCGUCGAACUCAUCGCUCUGGCUCUCGUCUUCAACAAGAUCACUGGCGUUUACGGACUCCUGGCCAUUCUUACUGGAUAUCAGCUAUCUCUCCUCCAGCUCUCAACAUACGUCUACUCUAUUGCGGUUCUCGUAGGACUAGCGAUUCUUAUUCCUCACGUUCGGCGACAAAGCCCUUUUGAAUGUUUGGCGCUCGCAUGGCUUUACAUCAUCGAUACCGUUAUCAAUGCAGCAUACACCGCAGCCUUCGGCCUGGACUGGUACUUCUCUACUCAACUGAGCGAGACAACCGAAUCCAAGAAGACGGAUCUCCCUAACUUUGUGGCUGAGGGUAUGCAAGGCCUGCGCAAGGAGGCUGCCAUGCAUGGAAAAGUCGUUCCUCAGGAAACGGCUGCCAGCAUGCUGCUGAUUGUUGGCGCGACGUUGAUCCGUGUGUAUUUCAGUUUCAUCGUCAUGGCGUAUGCACAGCAGGUGUUGCAAAAGUAUAUGCAACUGAUGAUUCUGGAAGGCCCUGGCGUUGAUGACCAAGAAGGUCCUUUCGCUGAGGAUCUUCCUGACGGUGAGGGCCGCCGGGGACGCCUUGGCCGUUUGAUGGUAUCAUGUGGCAGAGCUUACUGGCUUGACACCCGGGAGUCUGAUGAAUGGGCUCCCAAUCUGGGAGGACCCAACAAGCCCGUCUCAGCGGGCACGCUCUCUGGCGAGGUUUAAAACCGUUUCAUACGGAAUCUACCGCGAAUCACUGGGCGAUCCUGAUGAAUCAUUCUCAGGGCUAGAAGUCAGAGAUGAAUAAUAAGCGGACAGGCCGGGAGGGAGAGGAU